AAUCUAUCUGUCAUUUUGUUGAGUAGUGUUGACUCUCAAGGAACUUUUGCAGUAUUGCAUUUCUCUAAGACGAAAAUCCAUAUAAAAGAAAAACAUUUAUUACUUGUGAGCAAAAUAUUUACUCACAGUAGUAAACAUGUCUACUGAUGUGAAUAUGCAAGCUGAAAAGUCCAAUGGAGAAGCGAGUGUCGAUAAAACCGAAGAAGAAGAGGGCAGAUCAUCUAAAGACCUGCAUGUGCAAGAAAGUGCUCCUGUUUAUGGAGGUUGUGAGGGACCAAAUGCAAUGUAUGUGAAACUGGUCAGUAGUGAUGGACAUGAAUUUAUUGUUAAAAGAGAACAUGCAUUAACAAGCGGUACUAUCAAAGCAAUGUUAAGUGGUCCUGGGCAGUUUGCAGAGAAUGAAGCUAAUGAAGUUAAUUUUCGUGAAAUCCCGUCUCAUGUGUUGCAAAAAGUCUGCAUGUACUUUACUUAUAAAGUGCGCUAUACAAAUAGCAGUACAGAAAUACCAGAAUUUCCCAUUGCACCAGAAAUUGCCUUAGAAUUAUUAAUGGCUGGCAAUUUCUUAGACUGUUAAACAUCAUUUGCAUUGGUCUGUAUCAGCAAUUAAAUUACGGAACACUGCAGCUUUAUUAUGGUCAUAUGAAUGUGUCUAUAUAUUGUGAUACUUCUGAAACUCAUGUUGGAGCAUAAUAAUUAAGCGUGUCAAACUCUUCAAUUCGGCAUAGAUAUUUUAAUAUUAUAAGACAAUGCAAUCUUGAAGUUUUAUAUUAAUUACUUAUCUUUAAUAUAAUAUUGUAAAGUUUCACAAGUGUGUACUACAAACAUGUGACAAUUACU